UGCUGCUGGUGCCGGCUGCGGUAUCAGCUCAGGUUGGGAUAUCCCGGGAGUUUAAUCCACUUGUGGUGUUUGUUGCAGGCACUUCAGAAACGGCGGAGAACUGUGGAGGAUUUCAACCAGUUCUGCACCUUUGUUCUGGCUUAUGCAGGCUACAUCCCCUACCCUGAAGAGUAUGUGCCCUGGACUCACGGAGGCAGCAUGAGUCCCCAGAAUAGCACGGGGAGCACUCAGGACAGUGAUAGCUCGACCUCAUCUCACUCUUCUGACUGCCACAUCCCAAUGGACAAUAGGAAGAGCAGGAAUGCUGUGGCCAGGGGAGUUGUGGACAAUGGCCUGCUUAUGAGCAGCCCUGUCUUUUCCACUGGCUUCUACAACGUCCGGCCCCAGCAAAUCAAACGGAAGAAACCACCAGCAAAGAAACGCAUUCUGGAGCAGGAGGUGAAGAAGAGGGUGUCAUUGAGUGCUUGGAAGGACUUUGGGGCAGAGCAGGAUGGGGUGAAACAGCUGGCUGCGCUGGCAGGACAGCUGUCUCCUGUGAAAGAGGAGUUAUUGGAGCCUUCCCCCAACUUGUCUGGGGACCCUCAGCCCACCUCCCUUCUGGAGGAGCCGAUAAAGGAGGAGAAAAGCUGGAUAUACGGAGCACAGGGGACCGAGAAGCCAGCAGGAGAGGAUCCUCAUCUAAAGCAGCACGACCCCUUCUCUGGAGGGAGGAAAAGCCCCAGUUCCUGUAAUACCUUGGACCAAAGCAAAGGAGAAGACACAAGCAGAGGGACCUCCCAGCUCAGUGCAGUCGAAUUUGAAGAAGUUCCUAGCACCAAAGCAGAAGAUGACGAUGCCUGGGAUCUGAUCACUUGCUUCUGCAUGAAGCCCUUUGCAGGGAGGCCCAUGAUCGAAUGUAAUGAAUGCGCUACCUGGAUCCAUCUCUCUUGUGCCAAGAUCCGCAAAUCCAACGUGCCUGACAUUUUCAUCUGCCAGCGAUGCCGGGAUGCCAAGCAGGAGAUUCGCCGCUCGAACCGAGCUCGGACAGUGCCCCGCAAGCGCCUCGUUGACUGAAGCUCCUGCAGAGCAGGAAGGCUGGGGGCCCCUUUUUAACCUGAAGACAAUCAAUGCACUGGCAGGGGAGGGGCUGGGACACAGGGCCGGACUGUCCCCCUCACACUUCUGACUCUUGAAAGCUGCCACGCAUGUCCUCCCUGAGGAUCACAUCGGCCACGGAGUUCGGUUAUCCCAGAGGUGUGUGGGGGAGAGGAGGGUGGUCCAGCCACAAUCCCUGUGGGUGGUGUGUUAGUGUUUGUGAUCUCCUGGGGCCCCACAUGCACUAGCUGUUGGAUCCCACCUCCUCCUCACAGCCCCUCCAAAGAGCCCUGCCCAUGUGCCUUCUGCACUUUCCCUGGGGGAUGCAGACCCCACUCCUGUCCUGGUGACACUGAGCUCAGCCCCCACCUGCCAGUCCCCAUGACUAUAAUUCUUCACUGGGUUCUUUCCUACUUGCACAUCUGGUUAUUGUGGGACCACAGCUGGGAGGAGGGUGUGGGACAGCCCCCUGUCACACAGCAGCCCCCAGGCUAGUCCCUGUGCCUCUCUCCUCCUGUGGAAAGCCUGGGCCCCAAAAGUGCUUUAUGUUUUUAUAGUUACUUUGUAUUAUAGUUACUUUGUAUUAUAGUUACUUUGUAUUAUAGCAAAUUCUGGUCCUUGCCCUGUGGAGUGUGACUGGAGUCUUAUGUAUAUAAUAAAUACUUUUGCCAUAACA